AUGGAACAGCCUCAAAGUAAAUCACCAGCUACUGAGAAGAGAGCUAUGAUCGAAAGCAACGUAAAAUUGAUGGACCCUGAAAGUCAACCCUCCGGUCUUAGAGCAUGUGCAGCAAUAGAGAGCCACGUGCAAACGCAACUUCAAUGUCCAUCUCCAGUUCUUGAUACAAGUGCUGCUACUCAAAGUAACGUGCUACUGUUUCGGGGUCCAUCUCUAGUACCUUCAACGAGUUUUGCGACUGAGGGCGACGUACUGGUUCCUGGCACAAGAACUGCUACAAAUGGCGUUGUGCAGAUACAAUUUAUUUCUGAAAACAGUUCUGCAAUUGAGAGCAAUACAGUGCCAAUAGGAUCUCCAAGUCUAUCAAUAUUCCCUAGAACGAGUGACAGCGACGUGGUGCAGAUACAGUUUCGAAGUAGUUUACCAUCCCCUGAAACAAACAAAAUACAGAUAAUAGAGGACAGAGGAACCAGAAGGACAAAUCCUGAAAGAUGCAAGAAAAAACUAAAUUUCAAUAAAUGUUAUCUUGAUUAUGUGGACGAUGCGGAUACAUUAUUGUUAAAUGAAGCUUUUCCAUCAGAUGACUCAACAGAUUGGACUGAAGUGGAAGAGUCAUCUGACGAGAUGGAAGAUGGAGAUCAACACACUAAAACUGCAAAAAGAAAUAAGAACAAGCAAGGCAAACAUAAAAGACAAAAAUAA